UGUUGAUCUCUGGAUUCACCGGCCCGUAAUCAUCACCGUUAGUCAGACGGACCCUCCGCUCAGCUGUGGGCAGGUCGAUGGAGACCCACAACUGGUGACAGCGUCGUAUAUUUUUUAUACUCUCGAACCACUCGGAUAGAGAUGUCCACGCAGGGGAAUCCGAACUCGUCCGUGAAUAAUUACAACAUGAAUUCCACACAAAACGGAGGCGGAGCGGCGGCGACAGCGGUGCCCUGUCAGAACGGUCCGGGACAGACGUACCCUGCCAUGUAUCCAGCAUCCAGCUACUAUAGUUCUGCUCCGCCCGCUGCUUACCCCACAGUGGCAGGACACAGCACUCCUCCCGCCGGCAAAAUGCCUGUUUCGAGCACAGGCUAUAGUGGGAACUACUACCAGAACAGCUCAGGGCCGUCACCAUAUCCAGCACCAACGGGAACGCAUCAGUACUCGACCUCAAACGCUCCGGUACAGUCGUUCCAGCAGACUGCGCCGUACGCUAUGCCAGCUGGAUAUUACGGACAAGCUUAUAGUCACCCCUCACAGGGGCAAACUCAACCCCAAACUCAGCAGCUGCAGCCCAGCUUGGUGCCAGUGUCCAGUGGCAGCAACCUUGGCGCCCCGCUGUACCCUAUUGUUUCUUACCCAUCAGCCCCUGGGAGCAGCCAGUACGGCACGCUGAGAUCCUCUCAAACCACCGCUGGGCAGCCACCCGUUUCUACAGUAAUGCCACCGCCACCUACCCAGAGUUCUUUGCAACAGUAUUCUCAAGGGAUCGGGGCCACGCCCACACCAACUCACCUGGGCUACGGAGCCCCGCCUCUCAGCCAAACAGCCACUGUCAACGGCCAAUCGAAUGCAGUUCAACAACACUACGACCAAAACCUCCACAAUCCCAUGAGCCAUCAUUACGCUGCAGCCCCUCCUAACUCACAGGGCCUUGAUAAAGAGAGGCCGCCCUCAGGAACCCCAGGCACCUCUGUGCAUUCCUCACCACGACACCAUCCAGGGCUGCUGUACGGUGACCGUGGGGUGAAUAACGCCGUUAGCUCGGCCGCGGGCGAUCACUCCUCAUCCAGUUCUGACCAUGAGGAAGAGGAUGAGGAGGAUGAGGAAGCAGGAGGAGACAGCUCGUCUACAACCACAGGCAGCGCCUCUCCAGUUCCCAACAGUUAUGAGUCUCUGGAGGGUGGCGGUUACUCGGAUCUUGCAGCUCCUCCUGCUGGUGUUCCUCCCAAACAAGCUCCACCCUUCGGAUACAAUUAUCCAACCAUGCAUCCUGCUUACCAACAAAACCCCGCCCCCAAACCAGACUCCUCCCCAGCUCACGGCGGGUACAACCCACCAGGCUACCAGCCGUACUCGCAGCCCUUCCCGUCUUUGUCUGACCUGUCGUCAGCAUUAGGAGGCCUCGGCGGCGUUUCUGAACUGGAGGCUGAAACCUUGAGACCCGUGAAUCUACUCCAGGAGAGAAACAUCCUUCCUCCUAAACGCGCACCUCCACCUGAGCCCAACCUAAGCAGCGACCUGCGCAAGGUCAACUGUAGCCCCGACACUUUUCGCUGUACUCUUACAAACAUUCCCCAGACUCAAGCUCUGUUGAAUAAAGCUCGUCUGCCUCUUGGAUUACUGCUGCAUCCUUUCAGAGAUUUAACGCAGUUACCGGUGAUCACCUCUAACACUAUAGUUCGUUGUCGUUCGUGUCGGACGUAUAUAAACCCUUUUGUUUCGUUUCUGGAUCAGCGGAGGUGGAAGUGUAAUCUGUGUUACAGAGUCAAUGAUGUUCCGGAUGAGUUCAUGUAUAAUCCUGUAACUCGUUCAUACGGUGAGCCUCACAAGAGACCGGAGGUCCAGAAUUCAACUGUGGAGUUCAUCGCCUCCUCUGAUUACAUGCUUCGGCCUCCUCAGCCUGCUGUGUACUUGUUCGUGUUGGAUGUAUCCCAUAAUGCCGUGGAGUCAGGCUACUUAAAUGUGUUUUGCCAGUCAUUACUGGACAACCUAGAAAAGUUGCCUGGAGAUACUCGCACACGCAUCGGGUUUGUGACGUUUGACAGCACCGUCCACUUCUAUAACCUGCAGGAAGGUCUUUCUCAACCUCAGAUGCUGGUGGUGUCUGAUAUUGAUGAUGUCUUCAUCCCAACACAUGACAGUCUCCUGGUGAAUCUCAAAGAGAGUAAAGAGCUGGUGAAGGACCUUCUGAAUGCGCUGCCGGGAAUGUUCACGCACACACGUGAGACUCAGAGCGCUCUGGGUCCGGCUCUGCAGGCGGCGUAUAAACUCAUGUCCCCGACAGGAGGCAGAGUGUCCGUGUUUCAGACCCAGCUGCCCACCCUUGGCGCCGGACUCCUGCAAUCACGGGAAGACCCCAACCUCAGAUCCAGCACUAAGAAUGUCCAGCACUUGGGUCCUGCUACAGACUUUUACAAGAAACUGGCUUUAGACUGUUCUGGACAGCAGAUCGGAGUGGAUCUGUUCUUACUGAGCUCCCAAUACUCAGACCUGGCUUCUUUAGCAUGUGUGUCCAAAUACUCAGCCGGCAGCGUCUUUUACUACCCGUCCUUCCAUCACAUUCACAAUACGGCGCAGAGACAGAAAUUCCAGAAAGAUCUGCAGCGAUACCUCACUAGAAAGAUCGGAUUUGAAGCUGUCAUGAGAAUCAGGUGCACAAAAGGCUUGUCUAUUCACACUUUCCAUGGCAACUUCUUUGUGCGCUCCACUGAUUUGCUUUCUCUGGCCAACGUGAACCCAGACUCUGGUUUCGCUGUGCAGAUGUCCAUCGAGGAGAGUUUAGCCGAUACGUCGCUCGCUUGUUUCCAGGCGGCUCUUCUUUACACAUCCAGCAAAGGUAAACGUCGAAUCCGAGUGCACACUUUGUGUCUGCCGGUGGUCAGUCAGUUGAGUGAAGUGUUUGCGGGAGCUGAUAUCCAGGCCAUCUCAUGCCUGCUGGCCAACAUGGCUAUCGAUCGCUCCAUCUCCUCCAGUCUGUCUGAUGCAAGAGACGCAUUAGUUAAUGCUGUGGUGGAUUGUUUAACGGCGUAUCGUGCUAACGGAUCAAACAUCCAGCCUGCCGGCCUGAUCGCCCCUGCCACCCUGCGUCUCUUCCCUCUAUAUGUACUUGCUCUUCUCAAACAGAAAGCUCUGCGGACCGGCACCAGCACCCGUCUGGAUGAGCGCGUGUUUUCCAUGUGUGAGUUGAAGAGUCAGCCGCUGCAGCAGAUCAUGCGCAUGGUUCAUCCAGACCUGUACCGCAUCGACAACAUGACCGAGCAGGUGGCGCUGCAUCUAAAUGACUCUGUGAUUCCUCAGCCUCCCUUACUGCAGCUCUCUGCAGAGAAACUCACUAGAGAAGGAGCGUUCCUCAUGGACUGUGGCAGCGUGAUGUAUUUGUGGGUGGGGAAGUGCUGUAACGAGACAUUCAUACGUGACGUGUUGGGCUUCCCAAAUUAUGCAUCCUUACCGUCCAGCAUGACUGAGAUCCCCGAGCUGCAGACGACGUAUUCAGAGCGAACUCGAGCGUUCAUUUCUUGGCUGCUGGAGUCUAGAACCUUCCAUCCUGCUUUUCAUGUGAUCAAGGACGACGCCUCGGCCAAGACCAGUUUUUUCCAGCACCUCAUGGAGGACCGCACUGAAUCUGCCUUCUCUUAUUAUGAGUUCUUGCUUCACAUUCAGCAGCAGAUGUCAAAGUAGAAUGGAAGAACCCCAUAGAACCGGCCCCAGGUUCCAGACUAGUUUCUGUUCCGCGGCUCAACUUUAGCAAGGGAGCUCUUUGAUUGGACCGCAGAGAGGCAGAGACACCCCCCCUGGCCCCACCGGCCAAUCACAGCCUGUGGCUCAUAUAGGGGGGCGUGUUUAGAGACUAUUAAAGGAUAAAAGAAGUUAAAUGGACUAUUAUGGCAAAAAAAAGAGAGAGCGCAGAGGACAAAGAUGAAAUGUAGUGGACUUGACUUGCACAUAGAGACACUGAACAAGCUGUUUUCAAUCAUUCCCAUCUGCUUGCUCCCUUUUCAUAUUUAGCCAUCAUCAUGAGUAGCCAGACGCAGCGAAGAACAUUUUCCGUGUUUAUUUUCCUGUUUGUUUCACACUGAAUUAUUGCGUCUCCGUUGUCAGAAUCAUUAUAAGCAUGUAUUUGGGUUUUUUAAUACAUGCAAAACUCAGAGCUUUGUUGCAUUAUUAUUAAUCACUUAUAUGUUUUCUUUAUUUGCUCCUUUUGUUUCUCCUGUCACUUCCCCUCUCCCAACGCCUCCUCUCCUUAUGUAAUGUGACUUGUGAAACCGUGUCCUUUGUGAUGGUGUAAUAAUUCAUCUGUCUUCAUCCAAUAUCGACUCGACGGUGGCUGCUCGGACUCUCCUCUCGUCUUCUCAACAUCAGCUGCUUGAAAUGAAGCUACGUCAUUCCUCGCUGACAACGCAUUGUUUUCUUUGAGAAAACGGAUCAGGCCACCAACAAAUGUUGCUAUCCACUUUGUAACUCUCAACACAAAAAAUAUUUUAAUGUGCUAUAAUUUAUGACAAGCUUAUUGAAUAAAAUGAAAGGAUAAUUCUA